AUGUAUCUUCCCAGACAACUAGAAUUUCCAGCAAAUGGCCAAUGCAAGCAUGGAACUGAAUUUCUCCUCCUGAGCUCUCCCGAGGGCUGGGAUCUGAGUUUCCUCUAUUUCACAGUAUUCCCAAUGACCCACCUGGUUACCUUGUUAGGGAACCUUCUCAUUGUAACUGUCACCACUGCUGACCAGAACCUGCACACACCCAUGUACUUUUUCCUCAGGAACAUGUCCAUCUUGGACAUGUGCUUCAUUUCUGUCACUGUCCCCAAUGCCUGUGUCAACUCUCUCACUGGCAACAGGGCCAUUUCAGUGCCUGGCUGUGCAACACAGAUCUUCUUGGUCAUUUUCUGUGCAUCUGCUGAAUAUCUGUUUCUCACCAUCAUGGCCAUGGACCACUAUGUGGCCAUCUGCCAGCCCUUCCAGUACCUGCUCAUCAUGAACCCUCAGUUUUGUGUCCACAUCAUCCUGGCUUCCCUGCUCAGUGGUCUGCUGUAUGCAGGUGAGCACACUGGAAACACAUUCCGGCUGUCCUUCUGCCAGUCAAAUGUGGUCCAUCAGUUCUUCUGUGAUGUCCCCUCCCUGCUGAGGCUCUCCUGCUCAGACACCACCAGUAACCAGGUCCUCCUUCUUGUCUCUGCUGUGCUGAUUUGUGGUAGUUGCUUUACAUUUAUUGCCAUGUCAUAUAUUCGCAUAUUUUCUACUGUGCUGAAAUUUCCCACUAGGAAGUCAGUGAAGGCCUUCUCCAUCUGCACCCCUCACAUCCUCGUGUUUUCCAUGUUCCUCAGUUAUGGCACAGCUGUGUACCUGAGGUCCUCAGCAACCUCUGACAUCCUCCAGGACAUGGUUUUCUCUGCCUUUUACACCAUGGCUCCUCCCUUCCUUAAUCAUCUCAUCUACAGUCUAAGGAACGAGCAGGUAAAGGAAGCUGUGAGAAGAUUAAUGCAAAGAUAG